AUGAGGCCAUGGAGAAACUGCAAUGCGAUCGAUGAAGAUGGAAGGGCCUGGUGUGAUGAUUCCAACUUGGCCAUGUUCGUUUGGCCUAGCACCUUGGUUGCACCCAUGGCCGGAGUGACGGUCCUGGCUUCACCCAGCCAUAGUUAUGCCCAGAAUGAUGGCCCUGGCCAUGGCCCGAGCGACAGCCUUGAUUGCAACCUGGUUUCACCCAUGUCCAGAGUGACGUCCUCACCCAUGGUCGGAAUGACGGCCCUGACUUUAGCCGGCUGCACCUGUGUCCAGAGUGACGGCCUCGGCCAUGGCCCGAGCGACGGCCUUGAUUACAACCCGGGUUCACCCAUAUCCCGAGUGACGUCCUUGCCUAUGGCCGCGGUUAGUGGAAACGUGGGCGGUGGAGGCACUGCCUAG